UGGAUCUGUACAGUACUCUUAAGUCCCUCCCUCGCGACUACCUUCAGAGGAAUGAUGUUGCGACGAUCAUUCCAGCCUUUGAGUUCAUUCUCCCUAAGGGCUCCAUUUGCGAUAGUUUUACGGGCUGUAUCGACAACAUCAAAAACCUCCUUCCAAGUACCAAGAAGGAUGUGCUCGAGUGUGUUGAAAAGGGCUUAUGCAAUCGUUUCCGAGUCGCUUCGCAUACGCAUUCAUACCAUUUUGAUGAGUGGAACACUCUCCCACCGACGACCUAUGUAACCGACGUGCCUUGUAUGGAGAACGACAUUCAAGAGCCCUACAUUGUGGUGAAACGAAGCGAGAAACUGCCUCCGUUCGACGAGCGAUUUGUGAACUAUGGAAAGAAUAAGGUGCAAUGGAUCACACAUCUCCGACUGCUGGGGUACAAGUAUACGGUUCUGUCGCAGAGCUUUGCGAUUGAUGUGCCGCAUCCCAAGUCGAAGAUUGCAGAGGAUUGGUUUGCGGAGGGAUCG